UUUUUUCCUUUCGCUUACCAAAGAAGGACAUUACGAUACAAUAUGCAGUUCUCUAACUUCGCCGCACUUCUUGGCCUUGCUCUGGCAGCCGUUUUGGGUUUGGCUAGUGCUCACGGUCAUGGUGGCCACGGACAUGGUGGUCAUGGACAUGGUGGUCACGGACAUGGAGGUCAUGGACAUGGACAUGGUGGUCACGGUCAUGGAGGACAUGGUCAUGGUCACGGAGGUCAUGGUCACGGAGGUCAUGGUCACGGAGGUCAUGGCCACGGAGGACACGGUCACCACGGAUGAAGCUGCCGAGACGUUGGGUUUGAUAUCCUAAGUACACAGUCACAUGAGAAUCUGGAUGCUGGGAAUCCACUGUGUAGUCGAUAACCUAUUGUAUUGAUUGUGAUUCGUGUAUCAUCAUUGCCUCAAAGAAUUAAAACAUCGAUCUGACAAUUA